GCAGAAUAGCGAUAACCGCCUACACAUUGCACGAUUUGGAAAGAAACUUGCAAUCUCCAGUCUGCCACAGCAUUACCUUUUAUUUGUACGACUCGCUCCGCAUUAUCGAGCGCGCUGUUUAUCCCGAGCUUCCAGGUUUCACGGCACAUCGUUCCCCAAUCUCCUCGCGCAAGACAGUUAGAGCCCCCGUAGUUCGACAAGAUGGAUUCAGGAUUCCCUCCCGAUGAUAUCGCUCCCAUAGCCAUUCUCAUGGACGAGUUGCGAGCGGAGGAUGUCCAGUUACGGUUGAACGCCAUCCAUCGCGUGUCGACCAUCGCUCUUGCUCUGGGUCCUGAACGGGCUCGGGACGAGCUCAUUCCCUUUCUGCAAGAGUCGGUAGAUGACGAGGACGAAGUCCUUCUCGCUCUGGCGGAAGAAUUGGGCAGAAACUUCGAGGAGUACUUGGGCGGGCCGGAGUACGCGCAUGUCUUAUUAGGACCCCUGGAGAACCUGGCCGCGGUUGAGGAGACGCUCGUCCGAGACAAGGCGGCGGAAUCUAUCACGAAAGUCGCGGCUGUCUUGUCACCAGCUCAGAUAGAGACAUAUUAUAUACCCCUUUUGCGACGUCUAUCUCGCGGAGAGUGGUUUACUUCACGCACAUCUUCUGCGGCACUCUUUGCUCCUGUUUACUCCCAAGUCUCUCCGCCGAUCCAGGAGGAACUACGCAAGGGAUUUGCUGCCCUAGGGUCCGAUGAUACGCCGAUGGUGCGACGCGCUGCUGCCAAGUGGCUUGGUGCUUUUGUGAAAAAGCUCUCGAAGCAGCAUGUCCUUAGCGACGGGCUGCCAAUCUAUCGCAGAUUGCAGUCAGACGAUCAGGACUCAGUCCGGUUACUAACGGUGGAGGAUCUGAUCGUCAUAGCCCAGCAGCUAACUCCCGCGGAAGUCAAGGAGCAGUUAUUGAAGCAGAUCAGGCAAACAGUCUCAGACAAGAGCUGGAGAGUUAGAUAUAUGGCGGCAAAUCAUUUCAAUGAGCUAGCGGAGGCCGUCGGGCAGGAGCUCGUUCGGGAAGAGUUGAUUGGCCAUUAUGUCCAACUUUUGAAAGACAACGAGGCUGAAGUUCGGACGGCGGGGUCUGGUCAGAUACCUGGAUUCGCCAAGCUCUUGGACAGGGAGGUCAUUUUGGCGCGGAUAGUUCCUUGCGUUAGAGAGUUGGCAAAGGACAGCUCGCAGCACGUGCGCGCUGCGCUCGCGAACCAAAUCAGCGGACUGGCUCCUCUUCUGGGCAAAGACGCUACGAUAGAACAUCUGUUGCCAUUGUUCCUGACUUUGUUGAAGGAUGAAUUUCCCGAGGUUAGACUCAACAUUAUUAGCAAGCUCGAAACAGUCAACUCUGUCAUUGGCAUUGAGCUGCUAUCGGAGAGCCUGCUGCCUGCGAUAGUCGAACUUGCAGAGGACAAGUCGUGGCGGGUGCGACAAGCCAUCAUCGAAUAUAUCCCACUGCUCGCAACCCAACUUGGGAAGCCCUUCUUCGACGAAUCGUUGGGUAACCUUUGCAUGGAAUGGCUCGGAGACACUGUCUAUAGCAUCCGGGAGGCUGCGACGGUCAACCUGAAGAAGCUAACAGACGUAUUCGGCGUCGAGUGGGCUAAGGUCGUCAUUGUCCCCAAGGUGGUAGCGAUGGGACAACAUCCCAACUACCUCUAUCGAUUAACGACUAUCCAAGCUAUCUCUUCCAUGGCGCCUUCGCUGAAUCUCGACAUCAUCCGAAGUGAUAUCCUUGCUCCCCUUCUCGCUCUGGCCACAGACCCCAUACCAAACAUCCGAUUCAAUGUUGCUAAAGCGCUGGAGGUCCUGGCUACGUCAUAUGGCAAUGCUCCGGGCGGCAAGGAGCUGUGUCAGCAGCGGAUAGUACCCCUGCUGGAACAGAUGAAGCAGGAUCAGGAUGCCGAUGUCCGGUAUUUCGCUACUCGGGCUCUACAAAAGACAUUGACAGCCAUGGAAGGGUGAGUUAGGUCAACAACCCAUCCGAUAGCUCUGUACACCUUACACACGGAUCGCUGUAAUGAGAAAUGGGAUACGAAAGCAUAAUGUACAUUCCUUGGCCCGGUUAUAGUGGACUGUAAAUACGGUCGAUUGUACAGUUGAUAUUCCCUCUCACCUUGUCCCUCUCCGGUUCGGCUUACUUGAAGCCUCCGACACAGUAGGCUACACACGAG